CAAGGCUCGGGACUCUGCGCAGAAUUGGAACCUCGCGGCUAAAACCAACACCUAAACUGCCCGGGACGAAAGAAGGUGUUCUGGACGUCGCUUCCUGAGUCCUGCGCGCGGGUCUGGCAAUGGCAUGCUGCUUCUUCAUUCAUGAAUAAUGAUGAAGUCAAUUGUCUGUCUGGAGCUUGCAAGCUGUUCCAGCUGCAUGUUGUUGCAAUUUCUCGCUCAGCGGACAGAAGGUCAAGCGACCGGAGCCUACGGCGUACCUAUCAUCGAAACGAUUCUUGCCUUCUUUCGCCGCUGUUGAUUUGUCUGGUCUUGUGAAACAAAGACUACUGUAAGGCGUUGCGAACCGCUUCCAAGGGCAGUGUCACAAUAUUUGGAUAUACGUCUGGUGUCUUGUGGUGCCUGCUGCUUGCGGCAGCACAUAAUUCAAAGAAGCAGGGCUCGAAUAAGCAGACACCAUGUCGGAGCGGAAGGCAGUCAUUAAGAAUGCAGACAUGACGGAAGAGGUGCAGCAGGAUGCCAUUGAUUGUGCUACCCAGGCGUUGGAGAAGUACAAUGUAGAAAAGGAUAUUGCUGCAUACAUCAAGAAGGAGUUUGACAAGAAGUACAACCCCACAUGGCACUGCAUCGUUGGAAGGAACUUUGGUUCAUAUGUUACUCAUGAAACGAAGCACUUCAUAUAUUUCUACUUAGGCCAAGUGGCAGUACUUCUUUUCAAAUCAGGUUGAUCAAGCACCUUUGCAUCCAACCGACCUGAUUAAAUACAUUGUGCAUAUAGUGGACUGUGGGACCUGACUAUGAGAGUUUGCCGAUUGUGAGUGACUUUCCACAUGAGCAAACUACAAAUCGCUAGGUAGCUGACUAGUUUCUUAGCGGAACCUUCGAUUGGAGCAAUAAAGUUAACAUAUCAAUUCUACUCAACUCUUUGCAUUAGCGGAUCGUGCAUCUAUUUUCACAAUUUAGCAAUAUCAACCAUGCUGACCCCUCAU